AUGACUUAUGCGGCAGAAGUUUGGCAGAUCACGAAAAAAGAUAGAAAAAGAAUAGAAGUAGUAGAAAUUGAUUUUCUAAAGAGGGCGUGUGGUGUAUCCAAAAAAGAUCAUAUCAGGAAUGAAGAUAUUAGAAGGAGGGCAAAUACUAUAUAUUCCAGUGUAGACAGAAUUGAAACGAGAAAACUAGUGUGGUAUGGUCACGUGAAGCGAAUGAACGAAGAUAUAUGGCCAAAAAAAGCUUUAAAUUACAUACCGCAACAAAGAAGAAGAAGGGGAAGGUCUUCAGUUGCCUGGGAAGAAAAUGUACAACACAUAAUGAGAGAUAGACCCAUCAAAGAAGACGAAUGGCGGCAGAGGCUGUAGGAACCUCGCUUAUAGAUAAAUAGAUACACAAUUAGAUGCUUGAAAGAAUAAACUUAUUUUACAAAAUAUUAAUAACAAAGAGAAAUAUGAUAUGUGAAAAAUAAUCCCGGAAAAUAUAUUUUAAAUUGAGAACAUUUUUGUAUUUCAGUGAAUAUUAAAAUAU